AUGUUGUUCUACUACAGGCUUUUCAAAAAAUUGAAUGCGGAUAUCCUUGGUGUCAUGACCUAUGCAUGUUCUACAGGAAUUGAUCCUGUAGAACAUUUGUGGGCCCCGCUAAGCAAUCUGCUUUCAGGUGUUGUUGUUUUCUCAUUAUCUGAUGGGGAUAGGACAGCACCUGCUUUGCAAAGCAGUAUAGAUAAUGACACCCACAAAGAAAAAGAAACCACAGUAUUCAAUUGUGCCAUCCAUAGCAUUCGCGAUAAACAUUGGCAUGAACUAAAAUUUGAUGGCUUUUCAGGUAGAUGUCGAAGUUGUGCCAUGCAACAAUGACGAAUUAAUCUUCGAUAAUUAUGAAAGAGUAAAGGUGUGCCUCAAAUCUCCUCUCCAAGAUUUGCACAAAUUUUCGGACACAUUGAAAGAGUUUAAAGAAAUGAAUAGGCAUAUUGAUAGGUAUUUGAACGAAAUAAUUUUCACAAAAUGCAAAGGGGGUGUAAAUUUUCCGUCUCCAUCUGAAAGUCAAGUUAUGAAAGGGCACUAUAACACAUUCCUGCAAGAAUGUGUGAACCCUGACAACAGGCAUGGUGAUAAAGGGCAACCUACAGUCACAAGCAAGGAUCUUGGAAAAUGUAAUUGUUGCCUCAACUUUAGUUUCAAAUUUGGAACGAUUCAUUGCAGACAAGCAGUGCCUCGCACAAAGAGUUCUAAAGCUUUACAUGUACUGUGGAAAGCUGUGGCAUGACCUUUAGAGGUAAACUGAUUUUCUCAUUCUUUUAGCUAGACAUUACAACACAAACCUACCUUGUUUGAAGCCGUUUUGGUUUUUCCUUGCCCUUACUUUGGAAAAAAAACGAUCAUAAAAUUUCGAUUUUUAAGGCAAAAUUUGGCCUGGGGGCGAGAUUGUCUGGUCACAUAUGUGACAUAAAUUAUAUUUCGCAAACUCCGGUCGAAAUAUAUGGGAAAACAAAUGGUAAGGCUUGCCUUUCCUGUGCAUUAGCUAACAAUUUAACGCUUCCGGUACAGUAACGGAAAGUAAACAGAAGAAAAAAGCCCAGAUCACGUGAUCCUCCUUACGUAUAAAUACGCUGGCCACGUGUGCUCCGUCGGCUUUUUUCUUUGUGCUCGCUCACACAGGUAAGUUUUGUAGUUUUUCUCAGUGUUUUUUUUUCUCUUUCAGUGCUAUGUCUGAGUCUCACAAAUCUUCACGGAAACGACAUCGGUCGUCAUCUCGCUCAGCAUCAGAUAGUCAUCGACGAAAGAAAGAAUCAAAGCGAAAUAGCUCUGAUUCUCACACACUUUCGCAAAUACUUAGUGGUGUAAAAGACAUGCGAGAGCAAUUUGUAGCUCUGUCAGAACGUGUAACGAAAAUAGAAUCCCAACGCGUUCAACAACCACUCGAAGUUCCUCAUCCUGUCGAGGAAAGCACUGUCAAAGACGAUCGCCUGUCGAUUACAGCAACACAUCUAGAAGAGAACGAUAUUCCGAGCAGCAACACAGACGGUCCUGAUGAGACCUCAUUAGCUGGCUUUGUGCCACCAUUAGAUGACUUUAUGUCACCGGUAGUCGACGCACAGUCGAAAAGUACUCAUGGAAAUCUCCUGGAUAAUGUCGAUGCAAACAACGUAGACAGUGGCGAAACUCCGACUAAUGUCAAGUCAUCAACAGGAUUUUUCGAUCCCAAACAAACAACAGCACGUCGCUGGGUUCCCUCAGCUGCCUUUGGUACAUUUCUCGAGAAAAAGUUUCGACGGCGGCUCAAUACAGAGCAAGUAAAUGAGAUUAUUGGGGAAUAUUCUCCCCCAGAAACGGAUGCUGGUGUAGCUCCCUUGCUAGAUAAAAGUAAUUUAACCUAUAUCCCAUCUAGCCGAAAGAAAUUUAUCGAACAACGGGACAAAGAUUUAGCUCUCAUUCAACGAGCUACUUUAAACGCCGCGGCGCCUUUGUGUUGUUUACACGAUCGUCUUGAAUCGAACGAAAAUAUUUCAAAUGAAGAUUUACAAACAACUUUACAGCAAUCGCUCUGUUUGCUGGGUUCAGCAAACCAUAUCACUACGACCCUCCGUCGUAAGAAAAUUUUGGCAGCUAUAAAUCCAGAUAAAGUUCAACUAGCCGAACAAGAAUUCCCAAAGGCGGGAAAAAUGCUUUUUGGCGAGGAUUUAACCACUCUGGCGGCUAAACAUUCCGAGCUUACUCGGAGCCUUAGUAAAAAUUUGCAAAAACCUAAUUAUAGCAAAAUGCAGUCUAAUACAUCGGGAAAUUUUCCUCGUACCAAGUACAAUACACAACAAACUUGGGGCAAAUCUAAUCGGCCCUUUCCGCGCAAUUCCACAUCAAACAAUCAACAACGCUUCUCGCCAGAAGCCAACCAAGUGCAAAGUUUUCGCCCAAGGUGGGACCAGCCAGACAGGGCCUGGUUCCGCCAAUAA